AGAGCUAAAUGUGAAAGAUGUCUUGGAAGAGGAAUUAUUUUUCUGUGGGACGGGGCGGUGUGCAAGGAAUGUUCACGCCACGCAACACAACAUCUAUAGCACCUAGUAAAGGUCUCAGCAAUGAGCCGGGACAGAACAGCUGCUUUUUGAAUAGUGCAUUGCAGGUUCUCUGGCAUCUUGAUAUUUUUCGACGCAGUUUCCGACAACUUACAACCCACAAAUGCAUGGGAGAUUCCUGUAUAUUUUGUGCUCUCAAAGGUAUCUUUAACCAGUUUCAGUGCAGUAGUGAGAAGGUGUUGCCUUCCGAUGCUCUUCGUAGCGCUCUUGCAAAGACCUUUCAAGAUGAGCAACGCUUCCAGCUGGGCAUCAUGGACGACGCUGCGGAGUGCUUUGAGAAUCUCUUGAUGAGGAUUCACUUCCACAUUGCCGACGAAUCUAAAGAAGAUAUCUGCACUGCCCCACACUGCAUUUCGCACCAGAAAUUUGCCAUGACCUUAUUUGAGCAGUGUGUCUGUACCAGCUGCGGCGCUACCUCCGACCCUCUGCCCUUUAUCCAGAUGGUGCAUUACAUCUCCACCACGUCUCUCUGCAAUCAGGCCAUUUGCAUGCUGGAAAGACGAGAGAAACCCACUCCAGACAUGUUUGGAGAGCUGCUCCAAAAUGCCAGCACGAUGGGGGACCUGAGAAAUUGCCCGAGCAACUGUGGAGAAAAGAUCCGCAUCCGUCGUGUGCUGAUGAACUCCCCCCAGAUCAUCACCAUCGGACUGGUGUGGGACUCGGACCACUCGGAUCUGGCCGAGGACGUCAUCCACAGCCUGGGCACCUGCCUGAAACUGGGAGAUCUUUUCUUCAGAGUAACAGAUGACAGAGCAAAGCUGUGUGAGCUGUACUUGGUUGGAAUGAUCUGUUAUUAUGGGAAGCAUUACUCUACCUUCUUCUUCCAAACAAAGAUCCGCAAGUGGAUGUACUUUGAUGAUGCACAUGUCAAAGAGAUCGGUCCCAAGUGGAAAGACGUUGUGACCAAGUGCAUUAAGGGUCACUAUCAGCCCUUGCUGCUGCUGUACGCGGACCCCCGAGGCACCCCCGUCUCAGCGCAGGAGAGCCCGGCCCGGCCCGGUUGGCAGCCACACACCCGGACGGGUUAUGACAGUGAAGACUCAGGGCGGGAGCCUUCCAUUGCAAGUGACACGAGGACAGACUCCUCCACCGACAGUGGCCCCUUUAAGCUCCCCCAUUACGAGUCGGCAGCCAGUCACUUCUCUUCGGACUCUCAGGGAACCGUUGUUUACAACAUGGAAAACGACGCGGCAUCACAGAGCAGCAGGGACACAGGACACCUGACUGACAGCGAAUGCAACCAGAGGCCUGUCUCCAAAAAGGGCUCACUGGCAGACCGCAAGAGGAGUUCCAGCAGGUCUCGGAGGAAGGGGGACGAGUCGCAGCCGUCGGGAUAUCAUAGUGAAGGGGAAACACUGAAGGAGAAGCAGGCCCCUCGGACUGCCCCCAAAACGUCCAGCGGCACCAGCAGCACCAGCACCAGCAGACUGCGGGACUUCAAGGAGACCGUCAGCAACAUGAUCCACCACAGCAGCAGGCCCUCGCAGCCAAGCCAGGGCUCUCCACGCGGAGGGAAAGGCCAGGCCUCCGAGGGGCAGCCACUGCCCAGAGCGGUGCCCUCUCAGCCUCGGGACUGGGAGAUGGAGAGCACCGGCAGCGAGGCCAAGUCGAGCUCAUCGAGCAAGUACCGCCCCACCUGGAGACCCAAAAGGGAGUCACUGAAUAUAGACAGCAUCUUCAGUAAAGAGAAGAGGAAACCGUGCGGCUACACGCCGCUGAGCCCUUUCUCAGAAGAUGCAGCUAAAGAAUUUACAGAGGAUGAGUUAAAGGAGUCAGUGACUCAAGAAACGAAGCCAAGCCAGUCCGGCAGGUACAAGCACUGGGCUCUGGGUCGUGGGGUGCACCACGUGACGGACCAGCAUCCUCGUCUGAUUCAGAGGAUGGAGUCUGGCUACGAAAGCAGUGAGCGCAACAGCAGCAGCCCCGUUAGCCUGGAUAUGCCUCUUUCAGAGAGCUCAAGCACUUCCAGGGAUUCUCAUAUGAAGCGACCUGGAGCUUUUGUUCCUGCAUGGCGUAAUAUCCCUAAAUCACACAGCAGCAGCAUCUUGGAAGUAGAGUCGGCUUCAUCUCCUAGUUGCUGGGCAAAGAGCAAGCACUCCAAUGGUGGGGAGAUGCUUGUCUCUUCUAAGAGCGAGCUAGAUGAGCUGCAAGAAGAAGUGUCGCGGAGGGCCUUGGAGCAGGAACUCCGACGGAAGCGGGAGAAAGCGCUGGAGGCCGCGAUGGGCUUCAAUCCCCGUCCCAGCAGGUUCAUGGACCUGGAUGAGCUCCAGAACCAGGGGAGGACCGGCAGCCCUGAGCGGUCUGUGCAGGAGGCGGAGGCGGCCCUGGAGGAGUCACGGCGCCAGGAGCAGAAGGGGGACUGUGCUGCGGCCCUGGCUCUCUGUAACGAAGCUCUGUCUAAACUCAGACUUGCCAUGCAUGGUGUCAGCUCUAGCACUCACAACAGAGCCCUAGUCGAUCAGAAGCUGCAAAGCUGUAUCCGAAAAGCACGGAGCCUCCAGGAUCGCAUGCAGCAGCCAGCACAGCCGCCGCUGCCACCGCCGCCCACGUGCCACCCACCGCAGGGGGGCAGCGGGACCCAAUCGACAAGUGAACAGGCUGGCCCGCUCCAAGUACUGCUGAGCCAGAAGAUGCUACUGGAACCCGGCAGAGAAGCAGAGCGUGGGUCCAGUUCUUACUCCCAUCCACCAGCUUCCCAUCGUGAACCGCAGUCAUCCUAUCCAAAGUCUUCCCCCCCACCCUCUCCGGAGAGGAGCCCCUCGCCCGCGGCCUCCCUGAAUCACCAGGCUGCUUCUGCUGGUUGCGGCGAGCGGGUCACCCCAUUUCCCGAUCAACGUGGGGUCAGUGACAGAUCCAGACAAACUGAGAAUGAAGUCCACCGUGAUGUGAAGCCGGAGGGAGUCUCCACCAAUAAUCUAAUAAGCAAUAAAGACUGCAGUAGCAGCAGUAGGUUCGAAGAAGCUCGUGACGUAACAGCAUCUCUCACUCCUCUUUGCAAAACAAAAUUUAACGUGGUAAACUCUGGAUCUUUGCCGGUGCUCUUCCCUUCUUCGCACCCAGUGCAGGCGCCACCGGACCAAAAAGACCGACGCCACCCCUGCCUUCAGGCCUCAAGCUUCCCGGAGGGGGCCCCUGCCCUUCCAGAAGGGGCCUGUCCUGCCCUCACCCGAGCUCCUCCCUCCCCUUGGCCUCAUUACCCUGCAGAUCCAUUGCAGAUUGCAAGUAGGUACCUCAGAGCGAAAAGCCACGAGAGUUUGCAUCGUUUACCAGAAGGGUUAGUGAACGGGGACUCUGGGAAUCCCGAGAGGAUCCCUGCUAAGGGGCACGUCCGUUCCCUGGCAGGACAGUUUCAGCACUUGCAGGAAAGGGAAAGUGCUCGUCAGAAAGAAGGGGCAGCGGCUUUCUGUCGUGAUCAGAGGGCCCCAGAGUCAGUGCAGGAAUCCUUCAGCAACCUUCCAUCCUGGGGAUCUAGGCAGCCAGCCACUGGAAGCCUCGGGAAUGGAACCUGGCCCGCUAAAAACUUGGACGUGUGCCUUGAUUCUCGGGAUGAGCUCGGCUCUGUGGACUGCUUUCCUGUCCACAAUCGAACCACUCAGAGUUCUGGCUUGCGCCGUGGAGAGCAGUGCCGCCGAGGGGAGCCCCCGUGUGCUGUGGAGGCUGAUCUCCACCCGGGAAGGCUCAGCCACGAGGGAGACGUGAGACAGGCGAGGGAGAGAAGCCCUGCUGGGUUCGCUGCACCUGUGCCGGUGGACUGCUGGGUGGACAAUGUCAGAAGGCACUACAGCUCUCACCAGGACUGCCAGGGGGUGUCUGGGAAGGUGCCGCCUGCCUCCGAGGAGGAGGACCCCAGACAGAAGCAUCCUCAGUGGGAUCAGGACACAGAGCAGGAGACGUCUGAGCUGGAGUCUCUGUAUCAGGCCAGCCUACAGGCGCCUCACGCAAGCCGGUCUGCAGUGGGAAGGCUGGACCAUGCUUGGCAUCCACUGGGCAAGACAGCACCUGGGGAUUUCACGACAAGGACGUUGCCUGGUGCAGUGGGCCUGGGUCUCUCCAGAACUCCUACAGCUGAGAUUGAGCGCGGCCUCUGCAGGACAACCACGUCAUCUCCAGCAUCCCAGGUGCCAUACCCCAGAAACCGUGGCUUGGAGCCAGAAGAAGAGAUGUACAGUGCAGAGAACUUCCGUCGCAUUGCCCGUAGUCUCAGUGGAACCGUCGUCUCCAGCAGGGAAGAGGUGCUUCCCUCUUCCCACAGCUUUGAAGUGUCCAAUGAGAGGAAAAUGCCAAUGGAAGCCGGGCACCGUUCUUCCAGCACCACUUCCCUCACUUUCCCUCACGAUUCUCCUCCUGUGUUACCCUUUGAUCCCCAGCACUGUUCAGCCCAACUGCAGCACCUCUCCCAUGAUGCACCAGUGCCUAGCAUGGUGGGCAAGACACAUAGACAAUCAGGAAGUCAGAAGAACAUCCAGAAAAUUCUGGCUGUGCUUGACAGGAGUGAAACGUUCCGAGAGGAAGACAACCCAAGUGCGGCCGUGAGCGAUGGGAGCCUCCCCUUCUUCAGGCAGCAGGGGCCCCCUUCUCCAGGGCCGAGGCCUCUCCCCAGUCAGCAUCCCAGAGGGCAAGAAGCCCCCAGCGCCCCCAGUCCCUGGCUGCAGAUGGGUCUCACUGCCAGGCAAACAGCGACACUGCCGGACAAGCGGACUGCCCGCUGGGGUUCUGCCCAGCCAGAGAAGGGAUCAGAACAGUAUUUCCUCCAGCCACCAUCACAGCAAGGGAACCAUGCAUUGUAUGUUGUUAACUGCAGGCCGCUGCUUGGCACAGGCUGUGGUCCCUUGAGAAUCGUGCGUGAGCCUGCAAGGGACGUGGUUGUUUUUGACACUUGCCCUGUGCCUCCCCCUCAGGCAAAGGCCCCAGGUCCAAGGAGGGUCGACAUGCCCCCAGAUGAAGACUGGCGGCAGAACAGCUACAUCCCUCAGCCGGGAGCCAGGCGAAGGCUGCCGACGCAUCUGACAGACGUGACUUACUCAUCCCCUCCUGAGGCCCAUCGAGAGAUGCUGGCUCGUGUGGUGGCUGCCUCUGUGCCGCCCGGCAGCGGCUGGUGAGGUCUCCCACGUGGAACAGGCUGUCUGAUUUGUAGCUACAGAAAGGCAGUUGAUAACCAGACAGAGAGUUGGGUUGUGUGGUUUUUAUUUCUCUACAGUUAGUGUCUGUGCCAAUCUUGUCUUACAAAGUAGCUUAUACAGUAAGUGGAAGCGAACUGCACUGUAUUUCUGUAUUGCUGAAUCACUGUUACGGGGUGGGGGAACUGUUCAGUGACCCCAUUCUUGAAUCCUCUCCAUGGGUAUGUCUCGCUGGCAAGAGAAAAAGAUUUUUCAUCCAAGUUGAAAAUGAAAUCUUCUGUUGUCAGCCACAGACUGUCUCUUCAAGGGCCACCUUUAGUACUGGUAAGCCCACCAGCUAACCUGCUGUUUGGUUUUGACUGUCCUCUGUUAGUGGGGGGUGGGAUGGGGAGGCAGAGGAAGCUAAGAAAGAAAGUGGCAGGAUUGGGAAGCUGACGAGGCAG